CCGGCCGCAGCGCGCCGGAAACGGCAGCGAGGCCCUUCCGCGGUGUCGGGCGGCGGCGCGGAGCGGAGCGGAGCCGUAGCAGCGCUCGGCAGGCAUGGACGUGACCGGGGCCGAGACCGACUGGCGCAGCACCAACUUCCGGCAGAAGCUCGUCAGCCAGAUUGAUGAGGCCAUGAGGAAGGCUGGUGUUGCCCAUAAUAAGUCCAGCAAAGAUAUGGAGAGUCACGUGUUUAUGAAGGCCAAAACAAGGGAGGAGUAUCUCUCCCUUGUGGCCAGGCUCAUCAUCCAUUUUCGAGAUAUCCACAAUAAGAAAUCUCAAGCCUCAGUCAGUGAUCCGAUGAAUGCCCUGCAGAAUCUAACUGGGGGUCCCCCAGCAGGGGCACCUGGAAUGGGCAUGGCUGCUCGAGCUCAGGGAGCACCAAUGACUGGGAUGAGUGGCCUUGGCCCAAUGGGACAGCAGAUGAGUCUCCCAGGGCAGCAGCAGCCUCCUGGAACCUCUGGAAUGGCUCCUCAUGGCAUGCCUGGCGUCUCUACAGCGACUCAGCCCACCCAACUUCAGCUCCAGCAAAUCGCUCAGCAGCAACAGCAGCAGCAGCAACAGUUCCAGCAGCAGCAGGUGGCUUUGCAGCAGCAGCAAUUCCAGGCCCAGCAGUCAGCCAUGCAGCAGCAGUUUCAGGUCCAGCAGCAGCAGGCGGCAGCGGCUGCGGCAGCCCAGCAGCAGCAGCAACAGCAGCAGUUGCAAGCCGUCCAGCAGCAGCAGCACAUGCUGAAACUGCAGAUGCAGCAGCAGCAGCAAAACCAACAACAGAUGCAGCAGCAACAGCAGCAGCAGCAACUACAGCGAAUUGCCCAAAUGCAGCAGCUGCAGGCAGCACAGGCUAUGCAGGCACAGCAGCAGCAGGCGCAGCAGCAACAGCAGCAACAGAUACCACAGCAGAUACAGCAGCAGCCACCUCAACAAGUAAUGCAACAGCAGAUGCAACAGAUGCAGCAGCAGCAACAGCAGCAGCAGCAACAACAACAGGUUGCUCAGGCACAGCAGCCUCAGCUUCCGCCACAGUCCCAGCCUCAACCCCAGCCCAUGGUGUCUCAGCCACAGGCAAUCUCAGGGCAAAUUCCUGGCCAGGUUAUGCCUGUGACUCUCACCCCACAGCAAUUAAAAGCAAUGCAGGUAAGAGCUCAGCUGGUCCAGCAGCAGCAGCAGCAGGCAGCAGCGGCGGUGCAAGCAGCUCAGGCCCAAGCUGCUCAGAUGGGAGCUUCAGGGCAGAUGAUCACCGCACCUAUGGCCCGAGGUGGGAUGCAAAUCAGACCCCGGUUCCCGCCUACCACCGCUGUGUCCGCCACGCCGCCAAGCUCCCUUCCUUUGGGCGGACAGCAAAUGCCACAGGUCAGCCAGAACAACAUUACCAUGAUGUCAUCCCCAUCUCCUGUCCAGCAAGCUCAGACACCCCAGUCAAUGCCUCCACCGCCACAGCCAUCUCCUCAGCCAGGCCAGCCAACUUCUCAGCCAAACUCCAAUGUCAGCUCUGGCCCAGCUCCAUCACCCAGCAGCUUUCUCCCCAGUCCAUCUCCACAACCGUCCCAGAGCCCAGCAGCCGCACGAACACCUCAGAACUUUAGUGUCCCAUCCCCAGGUCCUUUAAACACUCCAGGAAAUCCAAAUUCUGUCAUGAGCCCAGCCAGUUCCAGCCAGUCAGAGGAGCAGCAGUAUCUGGAGAAACUCAAGCAGCUGUCCAAAUACAUCGAGCCACUGCGGAGGAUGAUCAAUAAAAUAGACAAAAAUGAAGAUAGGAAGAAGGACCUGAGUAAAAUGAAGAGUCUCUUGGAUAUCCUGACUGACCCUUCAAAACGGUGCCCUCUGAAGACACUGCAGAAGUGUGAAAUUGCUCUGGAGAAGCUGAAAAACGACAUGGCUGUGCCUACUCCACCACCUCCCCCAGUGCCCCCCACCAAGCAGCAGUACUUGUGCCAGCCCCUCUUGGAUGCUGUUCUGGCCAACAUCCGUUCGCCGGUGUUCAACCACUCUCUGUACCGCACGUUCAUGCCAGCCAUGACUGCCAUCCACGGGCCGCCCAUCACGGCCCCGGUGGCGUCCCCUCGCAAACGCAAGUACGAAGAGGACGAGAGACAAACCAUCCCCAACGUCCUGCAGGGAGAGGUCGCCAGGCUGAAUCCGAAAUUCCUGGUGAACCUGGACCCUUCCCACUGCAGUAACAAUGGCACAGUCCAUCUCAUAUGCAAGCUGGAUGACAAGAACCUCCCUAACGUGCCUCCGCUGCAGCUCAGUGUGCCAGCAGACUACCCAGAGCAGAGCCCUCUGUGGAUCAAGAACCCCAGGCAGUAUGCAGCCAACCCCUUCUUGCAGUCAGUCUAUCGGUACAUGACCUCCAAGCUGCUGCAGCUGCCCGACAAGCACUCGGUCACGGCGCUCUUGAACACCUGGGCGCAGAGCAUCCGCCAGGCCUGCCUCUCUGCCGCGUAGCAGCUCACUUCCUGGCUCGGGAAGCAAGCGAGAGGAUCUCCACAGCUGGCCUCUUCCACCUGCCCCUGCAGAACCACAGGCGUCCUGGGAGGGCACUUCACAAGAAAGAAGCCUUAAGGUGUUCUGUUCCUAGGUGCCAGGUUCAGUAGAGAACCUGAGUUUAGACUUUAGCUUUCCUGCUUUUUAUCUUCUGCCUUUGUGGACUUCUGCCAGCAUUUCCAGAUCUACAAACUGUGUAUAUAUGGUUUUUGGGACUGUAUUAGGAUGAGUUUUUAUUGUCUUCUUAGAGAAGAAAUUAUUUGUGGACUUCCUUCAGGGAGUAAGGAGAUAAUGUCCUCAUUUGCUUCCAAGUUUGCUCAGUGCCAGUGGUCCUUUCACACUGUUUUGUGACCUGAUACUGCCCCAGAAAGAAAUCAGCUGCAACUAGAAUGUGUUUGCAAACUUCAGUGGUUGCAGGAAUCUUUUUUACCUAUUAGCUUUGCCCAGACAGGACAAAUUUACAGUUUUUUAAAGGCAAGAGGUGAGGUAAAUCUGGAUAAUGAAUACUUGGGAAUGGGGAGCCAAAGAGCAAAGAAGUAUUUUAUAGCUUAUUUUAAACACUACUUUGUAUAAGUGGUUUUUGCUUAGCAUGGACCACAGGAAUGAAUUGAGAGAUGUUAAUGUGCACCCUUAAAAACUCACCAAGUGUGGGGGUGAAAAACCCACCAGUGUCAAGCCCUAGCACCACCAAUCAGUCCAGCAGCCUUGCAGCACCUCUGGCAGCUGAGGCAGCUCAGUGAAAAUGCUUCUGUGCUGCAGCAGUUUGCUUUUAACGGGGGCAAACCCAACAACCCAGCUCAGGAGGAGAACUGACAGCUAAGGCUUUGUGCCUUUAGGCAUGGUGGGCACCACUCAGCAGCUGCUUUGUGGCUGGGCACUUCUAAUGCAAACCUAUGCCAGGGGCAACUCUUACCUCCUGCAGAGCCUGAUUGUUUUGUUUUCCCUGCAGCUUCUAAGCUGCUGGCUCUCAGUUUGGUGGUGCAGGAUCUCAGAUGUUCCCAUUACAUCCUGCUCCACCUCCCUGCACUGUGCAGCAAACCUUCAAGAGUAGCUGUGCUCUCUUACAGUAGUGUCAAGAACCUGCUCUGACCUUUGUCAGCCUGUGUGGUGUCAGCAGUUUUAGGACGUUUUUAAACGUGGGUACUUAGUAAGCACUGAGUGAGGCAGCAGAGAGCUGCCACUGUUUUGUACAUGAACUAAUGCAGCCUCUGUUUGUUUCUAGUGUAAUAAAUUCAUUCUUCUUCCUGCC